AUGUUUUCACAAAAUAUAAAUGUUUCCCCUACUGAAAUUUUUAAUGGCCCUUUUUCUAAUAAUGGAAUGAUUGAUAUUCAGGCAAAUGAUGGACAUUCUACAAGUAAUGAGAUAUUUUCAAAUUCUUCACUACUUCCAAUUGAAUCAAAAAUUCUUAUAGAAACACCUUUUGUUCCAAGAAAACGUGGAAGAAAAAGAAAAUGUGACAAUGGAUCAGGAAUUCAUGAUGAGGAGUCAGCAGUAAAACAUGCUAAACAAAUAGAAAAAGUUAGAAAUACACAAAUAAAUAUAUAUUUUGAUCACCUUCAAAAAUUGGUACCAUUUGUCCCAGAAAAACAGAGGCUUCCCAAGAUUAAACUUCUUAAAUUAACAAUGCGUUACAUUGAACACCUCAAAAAAUGUAUAAAUGGUGAAUUGAUUGUUGAUAAAGAACAUAGUUCAAAUGGUUAUGAUUAUAAAAGAGUUAUUACAAGAGAAGAUUUUAAACAAACAGCUAUUGAAGAGUUACAACACAAAAAUUCAUACAUUUCUAGAGCUAAUGAAGAAUUAAAAAGAUGGGAAGAAAUUAAAUCUUUAAGGGAAAAAGAUGGAAGAAGUAGUGCAGAUUCUCAGACAUCUGCCUCAACACACUCAUUAGAUGGAAAUUCAAAUUUAACAACAAUUGGAAAUAUAUGUUAUGAAACUGUUAAUACUAAUAAUUACAAUUUUAAUUCUAUUAUUGAUAAUAAUUAUCAUUACCCAUCACAUUCAAAAAAUAUGAUGGUUGGUUUUUAG